AUGUUUCUGCCGUUGUUCGUCUUUUGUCUACCGUUUAUCUACGUGGCAUUCGCUUACAAUCCUCAUCGUAACAACAACACCGUAUGGGACUAUGUCAACGAAUUUGGAUCCAAGGAUGAAUCCGAGUACGAUGUGAUUGAGACCACCCUGAACCAGCCCAAUAUCACGUUCUUUUUACCCAACCAAGCAGCCUUCGCCACUGCUUUGGGAAACGGCGUCUUAAACUUUACCAACAUCAACACCACCAUUUCUCAAAUACAACGCCAUAUCAUCACCCAUCAAAUCUACACCACGGAUUCUCUCUUGCAUGGUCAUCAAUACAUUACUCCAAACGAUUCAUCUACGGCUCAUUUACCUCUUGUUGUGGGUCCAUCCUUGCAUAACAAUUCCAUCCUUCAAGUCACUUCUGGUAUCAUUACUGCCAAUGUCAUUUCCAACAGCAUCCAAUGCAGCAAUGGCAUCAUUCACAUGAUUGAUCAAUUCUUGCAACAACCCAAAUCAACCAUGGAUACCAUUGAAAGUUUGAGUCAAUUGGAGACGCAUGAGUUGCUGAUGAAGUCAUUGAAUUUGACAACUGUGGUCUCAGGCCCCAACAAGACCAUCUUUGCACCCAUAUCACAAGCUUGGGCCGAUGCCAACUCCACCAGCAUGCCUUAUGGCACCCUUGUACACAACCUAAAAUAUCAAGUGGUGGAUGGUGUCUAUUUACAACAGUCCUUGUACGAUCCCAGCAACCCCAAUAGCUCUAUCGUUUUGCCGACAAAUCGACAUGAUGCAUCCCUCACCUUUCAAAUGUCAAAUACCGGUGAAAUGUUGGUCAUUGGCAAAUCCAUCACUGAUGUCGCUCACAUCAUCCGCUCUGAUAUCAUUACAACGGAAGGCGUCAUUCACAUGGUUGAUAAGGUGCUUUCAGCUGAUCUCAAAGAAACCAGCGGCAGUACUACCAGUAUCAGCAGUGAUGGUAGUGGCAGUCGUAGUCCUGGUAGUAGUAGCUAUGGUGGUGACAAUGUUGCUGCAUCGCCACCCAAACCUGAUACGUUGCAGCCUAUGCCAGCUUCAGGCGAUACCCCAUCCUCCAUGCAACCUGCUGAUAGUACAUUAUCCUUCUCCUCAUCCCCUUCCCACUUUGAUACCAUCACCUUAUUAUCGGCUCUAUCUCCUCCAUUAAUUGCUCUUUGCCUGUUUUGA